UGUUAAGAAUAAUAUAGAAUUGACAUUCGUAAAGAAAAAGUAAGAGUUGACGCAAACCAUAAAGUUGUACAAAAGAUCUUCAUGAUCGACAUAUUGCAAAGCUUUUCGUGAAAAACAUCGGAAAACACCAGAAUUACGUAUAUUAUCAAAGUAACUUUACGAUUUUCCCCGAGCAGAGAAGUUUCCCCCGAUACCGUGACACAGCCACUUCUUUCAUCCGUUCGCGGUAUGUUCAAAUCGCAGCUGCUGUUUCCCUAUAAACUUUUAAUCGAAUAUAUUACAAAAUGCAAAUUGCGAAUGUCAUCAAAGCGACUUUCAUGCGCGACCGUAGCGACGGAGACUGGCGAGUUCAUCGCAUGGGCCGCGCAUGCUUCUUGCCAGGAAAUCCGCAUUUCUGAUUUCGCGAUCGGCAGUCAGGAUCGAGCCGGUGGCGGCAUUACGUUAUGGAAAUGGUCGACUGUGGACGAAAAAACGCGCACACGCUCGUCGGUGACGCUACGGGGCAGAAUAAGUCGCAUGUCGCGGACUUUUAUUAUGCUAUCCAGAUAAGCGUUUGCCUGCUGAAGCCGAUCGGUGCUUGGCCGCUAUCCGACGACGAGACCUCGAGAUCCAAGAUCGCUUUGCACAAGGUCUUGAUGACAAUCGCCAUAUCCCUUCAAAUUUUCACCAUCGUGCCGUGGAUUGUGCUUAUCGUCAAAGAGAAAUGGGGUAUUAUCCUGAUACUUCGUACGAUGUGCCCGCUAAUUUUCACGGUGACGAUUUUCGCGAGGUACGUUCUACUGCUGUGGCAUCAGCAUCAGCUGAAAUCCUGCGUCGUUUGCGUCGCCGACGACUGGCGACACGCGAUAUUCUCUGAGGACCGAGAGAUCAUGUUGGCAAAUGCUAGACUAGGUCGCACGUUCGGUAUCGUUUCCGUGGUCUUCAUGUUCAGUUGCGGUAUACUGUUCUAUAUGCUACCGUUGGCCUUACCUAACAUAAUCACUGAGGACAACGUCACCAUAAGAUUGCAUCCGUCGCCCUGCGAAUUCCUCGUAUUUGAUUCCCAGGCCAGCCCUGCAUAUGAGAUCGUAUACUGCUUGCAAUUUUUGUCCGGUUUCACUGUCUACAGUGCGUUCUGCGGUAUUUGCAGCUUAAUGGCACAUUUCGUCACGCACAUAUGCGGCCAAUGUGACAUAUUGGGUGCUUUCUUCGAGGAAACUGUCGACGGUGGUAAGCACAAUGGCGCUUCUAUCGACGGUCGAAUUGCUACUGCAGUGAGCCGACAUCUGCGUCUGUUAAAAAUGGUUUCUAAUGUGAGUGGCUUAUUCACCGAGAUAUGUCUCAUGGAAUUCAUAAAUGCUUCGUGUAACAUAUGUCUUCUUGGCUACUACAUUAUAACCGUACGUUAA